AUGGCCAAUAGUGCCGUCCAGUUUCUGCGCCUGCCGGUUCUGGCCUCCUCUGGUCUCGCCGUGGUGGCCAGUGGUCUGUUGUACUUUAAGCAGAAUGAGUUGAUCUAUCCUCGAAAUGUCCCUGUCGACGCCCGGACCAAUGUCCCCAAGCCACAGCAAUUCGGCAUCACAGAUUACGAAGAGCUCCAUCUUCCGACCCCGGACGGGGAAACACUACAUGCCCUCUUCAUUCGUCCUACACGAAAACGCCUCGCUCAAGACCUUACAGUAUUGAUGUUUCAUGGGAACGCGGGUAACAUCGGCCAUCGUAUCCCCAUCGCCAAGAUUCUUCAGGAAAUUCUUGGUUGCAACGUGUUGAUGUUGGAGUAUCGCGGCUACGGCCUUUCGACUGGUACUCCAGAUGAGGCAGGAUUGAAGGUUGAUGCGCAAACUGGUUUGGAUUAUCUGCGACAAAGGCCCGAGACCAAGGAUAGCCAGAUCGUUGUCUAUGGACAAAGUCUGGGCGGAGCGGUCGCGAUUGACCUUGUGGCUAAGAACCAAGACAAGGGUGCAAUCGCUGGUUUGAUUCUCGAAAAUACCUUCCUGAGCAUUCGCAAAUUGAUUCCCACGGUCUUUCCACCGGCGCGAUAUCUCGCUCGUUUAUGCCAUCAAUACUGGACAAGCGAGGAUGUAUUGCCUAAAAUCACCAAGGUGCCUAUUCUCUUCCUCAGCGGGCUGAAGGACGAGAUUGUACCACCGUCCAACAUGACGCAGCUUUUCGCUGUCUGCAAGUCCAGCCGUAAGGUCUGGCGUACUCUGCCCAACGGUGGACACAAUGAUAGUGUCGCCGAGCCAGGUUGUGCAUCUCCUCGUUUCAUUCAUCGGCCCUGGAUUAUACAUGAGUUCGAACCAUUAAGAAGAGUUGGCGGCCUCCUGCCUGGUCUCAACUUGCCUUUGGCCUCCUUCUACAGCUAUAUCGGAAUCGAUCAGCUCACAGAAUUUCAUUCCACUCGAGCGGAAGCCGAUCUUCGAUCUUUUCGCGGCAGUAAUCUCCUUCUUUUCAAGCUCCUUAUCAGCGACCGAUUGAUCUACGCUUUCCCUGUUUUGUACUCGGUUCUUGAUUGGUGCUAUUGGAUGGACGUGCUCUCUCCGCGUGCAAUUUCCGAAUUCAACGCCCCUGUAAGGACCUUGGAGCCAACAAUGUCGAACUCUCCAGCCCUCGUGGCAGACAGCAACAACACUACCCCGCGCACGAGGUCAAGACGCGGAGGUAGAGGCCGUGGUGGCGAUCGCAGUCGUUCUCACAGACCUGCGCCACCGAACCAGACACAGGCACAAGCGCAGUCUCAAGAGCAAACGCCAGCACACCCGGCUACGAAUCCUCCAUCGCAACAGAACGAACCUUCUGCGACACAGACCGCGCCCGACGCAAACCAUCCACCAAGAGGACCGAGGGGAACCCGAAGAGGGGCGAGAGGCGCAAGUGCACAGUCGAAUGGAGGCCGACGACAUGGUCGAGCACGCGGGGGUGCCGACCACUCAGCGGUCACUACCGGGGGGCGAAGAUUUGAGGGUCGACUGACGAAAUCAGAGCAGCCAGAGGAGACUCAGGAUGUCGGUCCCCACCAGAGCGCAGGCGCGGAGGACAUUGCUGGAUUGAGAGCGGAUGCGCCAGCAUUCGUCCCAGGAGGGCCAGCCGGAGAACUACCUCGACAAAGCGGACGUGCAAAGGGCAAAUCGAAAGCGAAGAACCCAAGCCAGGCUCGAUCGGCGCCCCCUCCUCCGCCAGCGCCCAAAGUUACGACGAAAUCAUCGGCACCGGACAUUGCCACUCGGAUCCACGAAGACAUCGCCCACAACCUCUACGAAUGUCCGAUCUGUACAGCUGAGUUGGGCAAACGGUCUCGUAUUUGGUCCUGCGGACUGUGUUGGACGAUUUUCCACUUGAGCUGUGUGAAGAAAUGGUCGAGGAACGAAGGCGCGGCGGCGCAGGAUGCGGCGCGUCGCCGGGGCGAGGAGGGCGAAAACAGUGUUCCUCGUGCUUGGCGCUGCCCGGGCUGUAAUCUGCCUCAUGAAGUAUUUCCUUCCUCUUACACCUGUUGGUGCCAGAAGGAGGUUGACCCGCGCUCAUUUCCUGGUCUCCCGCCCCAUUCAUGUGGACAGACCUGCGCGCGAUCGCGAAAAGGUUGUCCACACCCUUGCGAUGCGACGUGCCAUGCUGGUCCAUGCGCUCCUUGUACUGCUAUGGGUCCGACCCAGGAUUGCUUUUGUGGGCGAAACUCGUCUACGAAGCGUUGUCAGGACACCGACUACGAUAAUGGAUGGAGCUGCGGCGAGGUAUGUGGUGAUUUGCUGCCUUGUGGUGAGCACACCUGCCCUCGGCCGUGCCAUGAGGGCCUCUGCGGUGCCUGCGAGGUCAAAAUCGAUGCGCACUGCUAUUGCGGGAAAUCGCAGUCUGAGAUGCUCUGCAGUUCCAAAGACGAGGAGAUGGAUAGUGAAACCUUGCGCAUUAGUGAAGACGACGGCGAGGAGGAGCUUGUAGAAUGGGUUGGAUGUUUCAGCUGUGGUGAUCAUUGCAAUCGACAGUUUGAUUGUGGGCUACACUCGUGUCAGAAGUCCUGCCACGCCCAGGAUGCGCAUCCCGCUCAUUGUCCCCGAUCGCCCGAUGUGGUGCUUUUCUGCCCGUGUGGGAAAACGCUUCUAACCCACGUUGCGGGUUAUUCGCCCCGAACCACUUGCGAAGACCCCAUCCCCAAUUGCUCGAAGCCUUGCGGGAAGCCCUUACCAUGCGGACACUCUUGCGAGCAAGUCUGCCAUACUGGACCGUGCGGACCUUGCUUGCAGAAAGUCACGAUCCAUUGCCGAUGCGGCCGCAAUGACUUCCGGACGACUUGUUUCACGGGUGACUAUGAGCCACCUCAAUGUUUCCGUAUCUGUAAAGCCGGCUUGCAUUGCGGUCGCCAUGCAUGCGCAGAGCGCUGUUGCCCUGGCGAACAGAAGGCGAUUGAGCGUCAGGCUAUACGGCGGAAGCUCAAAUCGCAUCUUCGACCAAGCGACGAGGAUUUCGAGGCUGAACAUAUCUGUACCCGGGUCUGUGGCCGUAUGCUGAAAUGCGGACGGCACACAUGUCCGGAGAUCUGUCACAAAGGGCCCUGUAACACUUGCAGGGAGGCAAUCUUCGAAGAGAUCCCGUGUAACUGCGGUCGAUCUGUCUUGUAUCCGCCUCUGCCUUGUGGGACACUGCCUCCAGCUUGCUCACACCCCUGUGAACGCGUUAAACCGUGCGGUCACCCGCAGACGCCCCAUAAUUGCCACACCGACGAUGAAAAUUGCCCGAAAUGCCCGUUCUUGACGGAAAAGGCGUGCCUGUGCGGCAAACGUGUGCUGAAGAAUCAGCCGUGCUGGCUUGCAGAUGCACGGUGCGGACAGAUUUGCGGCAAGCUCCUCAAGUGUGGCUCUCAUACUUGUAAGAAGAACUGUCAUCGACCGGGUGAUUGUGAGGAUGCUUCCCAGCCUUGUCAGCAAGCCUGUGGGAAGACCAAGUCCCUGUGUGGUCACCCCUGUACUGACCAGUGUCACGCUCCUUAUCCGUGCCCCGAGAAAACGCCCUGUUCAUCCAUGGUCGCAGUAACAUGUAGCUGUGGACGACUUCGUCAGGAGCGACGUUGCAAUGCAGCCAAGGCUGUUGUGACCAAGGGCCACCUCCAGCAGGCGCAGCGACUUCCAUCAGCGUCCCCGCUGGCGUGCGACGAGGAAUGCGCCCGCCUCGAGCGUAACCGUUCUCUGGCGUCUGCGCUUGGCGUCGAUAUCAACCCAACGACGACUGUCUCUCAGACGCUGACCUCCACCAACCUGCCCUAUUCCGCCGAAACUCUCGAUAUUUACCUCCAGCUUUCGUCGUCGUGUCCUCUAUCCACUCUCCAGUCCUACGAAUCGACCCUACAUAGUCUCGCCACGAACAAAAACCCAGCAAACCGCUCCACCCGUUUCCAACCCGCCAAAUCUCCCCUCCGUGCCUUCGCGCACUCCCUCGCCGCCGACUGGGGCUUUGCCAGUGAGAGCUUCGAUCCGGAGCCUCAUCGCCAUGUGUUUGUUCUCAAACCCACUGCCUGGACUCCCCCCCUUCUGGGCAUGGGCAACGGCACCACCAUUGGUAUUGGCGGUAUGAGCGUCGGUGAAUGCGUAAAGCUACGUGAUCGCCACCGCCUCAAGGAACAGGAAGAGCAGCGACUCGCUGCAGCGGAAGCAAAAGCCCAGCGCGAAGCUGCUCGAGCCCAGCAGAAUGCGAACGGCGAAGGCGGUUGGGCCCAGGUCGCAGCUUCAAAGAGAAGUAACGGCCUUGGUAGCUCGCGGAGCAGUACGCCUGGUGUCCAAACGCCUGGUGGCAGUUCUUGGUCUACGACUAUGUACGCUGCUCUUGCGGGUGACGACAGCAGUGCUUCAUGGGAUGCUCCCGUUCCACCUCAAGCUAAGAAGGAGAAAUUGGUGUUGCGGUCCGGUGUGAAGCAAUUGAGGACAUCAAGUUCGAUUCUUGAUCCGGGUCGUGGCGAGUCACAUAAGCAGAACGUUAGUCAGCCCCAGUUAGCUGACGAGCAAAUCAAAGCUGCCUACUUGGGGCUAAGGCCGGCUCAACCUUCCCAGCCGGCCAGUGUUCGGCACCAAUUGCCUCUCCUCUAUUUAUUCCCUGGAGCGCAAUCAUCGCCUCAGCUCGUGACCGGGAGAACUUCAGCUAGCCCCGAGGCAUCCAAUAGCUUUCUACGCGCCGAAAGAUCACAGCAUCAGAUCCCACCUCUGACUCCGUAUCAAGUUCUGAUCGAACUUGAACCGAGCUUAAUGCCCUCGCGCCGCAGCCACACCAAAUCCCGGAAGGGUUGCAUUCAGUGCUCUGAACAGUUUAUCGCUGACAGUAGUACACAGUGCGACGAAGAGACGCCUCGAUGUGGUUUGUGCAAGAAGAGAAAAUUGGAUUGCACGUAUCCGUCCAAUGAUGUCGAUAGUCAAAAUCCCUCCACACCACAUGAAUCACCCGAGGCGGCAUCCGGCCCAGAAGCAGAUUCGUCGCAAACGCGAAUGCUUGAAAUGCGAUUGUUCCAUCAUUACCUUACGGAGACAUACAUCACUCUCUGCCAAGGCCGCCUCGACGCACAUCAUUUCCAAGUCGUCAUCCCGCGAAUCGUGGUGUCCCACCCAUUCCUGAUGGACAGUCUUUUGGCGCUAUCGGCUCUGCAUCUUGCCUAUCUGGAGCAGCACGACAACCGGUCGUGGCUGGAGAUCGCGCUGAAGUAUCAGAGCCGCGCCUGCUCGGCCUUCAGUCGCGUCUUGGCGGACAUCUCCCCGGAGACUUGUGGGCCAGCUUUUAUCUGCUCCAUUUUCAUCAUGUUGUGUGCAACGGCGUAUCCCUGUGUUUCCGAAGACAGACAGACAUUCGAGCCGUUGUCUCAUGUAUUGGAGAUUCGCCAGCUCAUUGCUGGCUGCGCACUCUUAUUUGUGCAACUCAACGGCAUGGAAUAUCGGGGUGACUUGCAAGGUUGGUUGAAAUGGAAGGAUGAUGAAGUCGAUCAGGAUGGCAACCCUUAUCAAGUGCGGGAAUCUCAACUGAAUCUUAGGAGUGCAAUCAUGGAUUCCUUGAAGGGCGUCCAAGAGAAGUUUAACGGUAUCGGAGGGCCAAAUCAGCCAAUAUACCUGGCCACUUGGCAGAUUCUUCAUGAAGCAAUCAAGAGAUGGCCAUUUGGCGGCCCGAACGGUGGUAUAAUUGCAUGGCCUAUCAAUAUUAGCGAGGCUUACAUCGAUCUGCUCAAGCAGGGUGAUUGGGUGGCUCGGAUUCUUUUUCUACACUACGGUGUUGGACUGCACUUGCUUUCAGACAAAUGGUUUGUUCGAGAUUGGGGCCGACGCCUCAUCGAGACCGUUUUACAACCGGAAGAUGAAAUUCCCUCAAUCUGGGCGAGCACUAUAUCGUGGACCAGAAGAGCAGUUGAGCUCGAAGAAUGA